AUGAAAGCAAGUAAAUUCAUAUUUUCACCCAAUGAUCAGAAAAAUGUAACUACUUCAUCCGCUUCAACAUCUCAGUCAACAAACAAAAUCAUCUUGGAUUACCUGCUUUUCCUAUCAAUCCAGUCUCGGUUGAAGCAGGCUCGUGUGGAACUAUUGGAAUUAUCCACACCGCUGCCUCAAUCCAAGGAGGACAACACAACGGUAGAGAUUCGCAAGCAAAGAUGGGAAGACACCGCAUCCAAGGCAGAGCAGGAUAAGAAUGCAGUAGAAUCCAUUGUAGCUGGCAUCCUAUCAAGCCACUGCAACAGAACCCCAUCUUUUCGCAUUGAUUCCAAUUUUGAGCAAAGACUGCAUCUCUGUCAAUUGACAAAUCUUGUGUUUGGCCGCUUUGAUGCCCUUUCAACAGGGCAACAUGUCAUUGCACAUAGUUCAGCAAGACGACGAAGACAUGAAACCCAAAUGGCUGUUGUCAUAGAGACAGAUAUUCACGAUGAGCCUUGUGAUAUCAAGCGUCGUCAGCGUAUAUUUGAGCGACCCAUCGUACCGCCAUUUUGCAGAAGACAUCGAAUCCAAAGCUGCUAUGGUUGCCGAUCGCCUUAUUUGAAGGACAAGCCCACAAACGCCAUGCUGAUGGAUAAAUUACACAAGCUAGAAGAGGAGCACCACGACGAUACUGAAGAUCCACAGCAAUCGUUCAAAACAUUGGAGUUGGCAAACAUCUUGCCACCCACACCGCCAGCUGGCCUUAUUGAAGCUAUCCCUACAUUUUUACGCACCAGUGCAGACAUGCUACGAAGAGCACUAGAGAGUGAGGACGGAGACGGCGCUACUGCCAAGCCUAUGAUGUUUGCUGGACAAAAGGUUAUGGGAGGAGGAAUGCCUCCACGUUGGUAUGAUUUGUUCCUGGAAUUAUUAACACAAGCUGCCAUUGAAAGCUAUUUGUGCGAUACACAAGCAGGUCUUGAGCCUAUUUUCGAAAUAUUUUCAUAUGGUGAUGUGGAAGAUGAAGAGCAUGAGGACGAAGAAGAUUCUGACGAUGACGACGAUGAUGAGCCUCACGAGCAAGAGAUUGAUGAAUGGGGAAUUCGCGCUGCUGAUCACCACUUGCUAUUUCCAAAAACCCGUACAAUGCACCUGUUUAAAACCCAAGUGAGAGAGCGAGAAAAGGAUUUCUUGGUCGUUGAAGGUGUAGAUUUACAAACACAUUUCGAAAAGUUAGCGCAGAGAUUUCCAUUGCAAACAUUCGAGAAAAGCAUGGGUGAAUUUAUACAAAUGAUUUUGGAUUCAAUGGAUAUACCAGCCCUGGAUAAGUACGAGCAGAGCAUACAUGAUGCUGAAAAGGGCAGUGAGGAACAGCCAUCCACAGGGCCAUCCGUAUACAAGUAUCCAGGUGAUGGCUCACUCUUGAUGCCUGAAAUUCCAGAUGACGAUGAGAAGCAUCAGCAGUCCACCGCAAACACCAAAAAGAGAUCAGCGUCAAUCUCUGAAGAACAGCAGCAAGAAGAAGAACCUCCUACCAAGCGUAAUAAAUAA